GCCGGCAAAAUAUCAUAUUUUCUAAUUUGCCGGUGCCGACUAAAAAGCCACUACCUAAAAAAAUACAUUUACGGUGUAGUGUGGUAUUAUGUAGUGUGGUAAGAAGACAUAUCCCGGACACACAGACAGAAAAUAUACGAAAACAUCGUAAAGAAGCAUUAGACGCUAUUAGAUAAGCAUGGCAGUGAAUGUAUACAGUACAAAUCAGACUUCAGAUAAUCUCAGUAGACAUGAUAUUUUAGCUUGGUUAAAUGAUAGUAUACAGACAAAUUACAGUAAAAUAGAAGAAUUAUGUACAGGUGCUGCAUAUUGCCAGUUCAUGGAUAUAUUAUUUCCAGGUACUGUUCAAUUGAAAAAAGUUAAAUUCAACACCAAAUUAGAACAUGAGUACAUACAGAAUUUCAAAUUGCUACAAAAUGCUUUCAAGAAGUCACAAACAGACAAGGUAAUACCAGUUGACAGAUUAGUAAAAGGGCGAUUUCAAGAUAAUUUUGAAUUUGUCCAAUGGUUUAAACGGUUUUUUGAUGCCAACUAUCAAGGAAAUGAGUAUGAUGCUGUAGCAGCUCGUGAUGGACAGCAAGUAGGAGCAACAACCAAACCAACAAAUAGAGUGUCACCCGCAGUCAAGAAACCACCACCUCAAAGACAGCCAGUUCGUGUAGCAUCUAACACAAAAAGUCCAUCACAGCUUAAACCAACAACACAAAGAACUGUAAACAAUAAUUCAGUUGGAGGUGCUGGAGAUAGUGGAAAAGUAGAAGAAUUAAAACAACAGUUGAAUGAAAUGAGAUUAACAAUAGAAGGAUUGGAGAAAGAAAGAGACUUUUACUUUGGAAAGUUACGUGAUAUUGAAAUUACUUGCCAAGAAUACGAACAAGAAAAUUUGCCUGCUCUGAAAAGUGUCUGUGACAUUCUUUAUCAAACUGAAGAUGGAUUUGCGCCACCAGAAGAUGAAGUGUUAGUGGAUAAUGGAGAAGAGGAAGAGUAUUAAAACAAUAUAAACUUUAAUGCAAUUAUUAUAACUUUCCUGUCAUUAAGUUCUCAUGUUCACUAACUUUGUUAUCCUACAAUGGUAUUAUGUAUUUAUUCAGCAGUUAAAUUUAAUAUCGUUUCAACUGUUAACUGUCAAGCUAUUCUAUAUGUCACAGGGUACAGUGUUAGAAGUCCCUAAGAAUAGGUAUUCAAAUUAUUUAUAGAUCUGCAUAAUUAUAUAUAUUGGCUGUAUUAUCCUACAAUUUAGAGUUUCGUAUCUGUAGUAAACAGAAUAAGCUUGAAUUCAUCUUCAAGUAUAUCUAAAGAAUCCUCAUUCUCAUGUGUUCUUUCUACAGCAUUAUAUGCAAUGCAUUGAUUAGAAAAACUGUAGAAAGGAUAAAAUAAAAGCAUAAUUGGAAAUUGCUUGAAACUACAUAUGAUGUCCCUGAAAAUAAUCAAAUAAAUAAUUUUAAAAUACA